CAACGACUACUUCCUUUUAAAAGCUCAACCGAAACAAAAAGAAAACGUCUCCAAGGUUUGUUUACUGUGUUAACAGUCGCCAUUACCGGUAUCGCGCACGGAAAAACCAUUUAGUUUUUCUUUUCAUGCAAAACGAAAGUGUGGCAGAGCACAACUGGCGACCAGUGUCGGGAUCGUUGGUCGUUGGAACUUGGAUAAAAAGUUGGAUUACUUUCGUCUGGGAUCUGCAAGGAUAUCUUGACUCCAUGGUCCAGACUGUCCAACAGUGCAGUUUUUGAUAACACAGAGAUGAGUGCGCAAGUGGACCUGGAAAGCUUGGGAAUCAAUACGGAGCCCGAAUGGUGGGAGACCGUUCUGAAGUACGGAAUGAUAUUCGCUGCAAUCUUCCAGAUAGCAUGCAUUGCGUACGCCGUUUUUGGUCGCGAAAAAGACAGUGAUACCAGUCACCACCGAGCGUACAACAUUAAUGGAACACAGCGUCUGCAAAAAAAUAGCAAAGCAGUCCAAGAGUCGAGUAAUGCAGGCAGUAGGAAGCGGCCAAAACAGGAUAAAAGCGGCAUUAGCCAUUGGGGUUGACUUUAGCCACCUGGUCAGUGUUUGUUUGUGUAAGGUCGAAAUCCGUUCAAGUUUCUUCAUAUCGCCGUUUUUUAUUACCGGACUUCGGCUCCUACCGUGUGGCAAACUUAAUUCCCCCUUGUCCUUUGGAACGGACGCAAAGGUUGGUCUCGUGAGCAGAAAGCAAUGCAACUACA